AUGUGGUCGGUAUUGGCAGCCUCCAAGGUUGCGCUCUCGACGGUGGUUGAGGCCUUGCAGAAGGAGGUUGCUCCCCUUGUGGUACAGCUGGGUCACUUUCGCACUCCGUUUCUCUCGGCCGGGCACCGCACCAAAGUUGCCGGCCACAUCAACGAUUACGACCCUGUGUUGGAUCCAAUCCGCACCGUUUUCGAUGCUUUGAUGGCUCACAGCAGGGAGAUCCGAUCAAGAGUGCCCGCGUGGUUGUUGAUGCUGUGGCCCGCGAUGACAGCAGCCUCCCCUGGCUUUUACCUGUGGGGCCGGACGUCACAGCAGCAGAGUUGCAAGCCCAUAGUCUCGCGCCAGCCAAAUGCAGGCGGUGCAGGCUUAGACCGACUCAACCGAUGUGGAUGA